AUGGCAUACCAGAUUUUUGCAAAGAAUCAGAGGGCGACUUCGUCCUCCUUCUCUCCACCCAGUCGAGACCCCGCGCGACCGCCGAUACAUCCCCGCCCUGUCCAACCACCUCCAUCGGCUGUCGCAAACGCGUCAGGUCCAACACGCUCCAAAGAAGAGGUCUUUGACCCAUAUCCACUUGAUAUUUCAAGCGGCGUGGCUACUCCACACCCUCACAUCACGGUCGAAAAGGUCCAUACGGCGCAUAUUCCCUCUUUGGCGCGGAUCACGGGCUUACUCCUUCCUAUCCGCUACCCAAACUCCUUCUAUACAGCUACCAUAACAGAUCCGGUGAUCGCUUCUCUUUCGCGGGUCGCUAUCUACCAUGAUCACCCCGUCGCUGCCGCGCCGGAAGCUGGCGUUCCUACAGGGACAGACAAAGUGAUCGGUGGUAUCCGUUGUCGGCUGGAGAGAAUACGGCAACCAGAGGACUCGAACCAAGGCUCCGAUACUCAGAUCAAUACGGAAUACACGAACUUAUACAUCCAGACUCUUCACCUACUCUCGCCUUACCGAGGCAACGGUGUGGCAGCAUCCUUAUUGAAUGCGCUUCUCUUCGCAACACCCCCAGAUCGCAAGAAGGAAUCAUACCAAGUGUCGGAGCUUGUAAAGCACUACAAUAUCCGCACUGUGACAGCACAUGUCCACGAAGCAAAUGAAGAAGGUCUAGAGUGGUACAUUGCGCGCGGUUUCAAGGUUCAAGGCCAUGUUCCUGAAUACUAUCGUCGCUUGAAACCCACAGGCGCAAAGAUUGUACAGCUAGACUUAGACUGGAACAAGUCUGGACCCCCGGCCCAUGAAGAAAACGUUCCCCGAGAGACAUCUGCUCGCAGUGAGCUAGAGGAGGAAGACUGGGAGAAGGUUGAGGCGGAGGAUGGAGAUGAAGGUGACCAUGGCAUACGCCAUUUCAGCACGUCGCAGAUCGAUACACCUUCGCGUAAGCGCAAGGCUGACGAUGAUAGCAUUCAGCCUGCAAGCAAGUAA